GGGCGGGUCAGGAAGCCAUUUCCGGAAACAUGGAGGCUGUUGUGAGUGAUGUGGUAGCUCCCGAGGAUCUUCUAGUAAGUAUACGAAUUAUAUAACCGCUUUGUUUCACUAAUAGUGUACUUAAAAUUCUCUGUAGACAUUUUGUUUGACUAUUUUUACCGUUUCAGCUUCGUUAUGUACUGAAAUUACGGUAAAAUGAGCUGUGUUUGAUGAGAUAGUCGCGUGACCCUGCUGGUUAACUCUGAUGUUUAUGAUUAAAAUCGGGUCAGGUUGUUAUUCUGAUGAUAUUUUAUAGAUUUAUAUGAAUCGUAGAUACACUGAUUCUAGAAUAAACUUUUCUUCUGCCAUAAUCAAGUCGUAACAGGUGUCGAUGAACGGUUAUUUCGCUUCUAUUUACUCAGGAGAUAUGACACAAACCUGCUCAAACUGACGCAGUAAAAUCUGAUGUAACGUUAUGUAAAGUUUCGCGUUUAUUUGUCACUGCUUUCUUCUUUUAAAAGUUAAAAACAAACUGUUAUCACGCUUAUACUGUUGUCAUCAUAUGUAUAAUGUUUUAAUGUGUUUUUGAUUUGACAGAAAUUUGAGAAGAAAUACAACAACGAGCUGGUGAAAGGAGCAGUCUCCAAAGAAACAAAGUUUGAGUAUGCUUGGUGUCUAAUCAGGAGCAAAUACUCAGAGGAUAUCAAGAAGGGAAUCGUGCUCCUAGAAGGUCAGAUAGAUUCAACUUUAAUGUCAUAUUGAUAUGACAGUACAAAAAGAUUUCACCUGUGUGGAGCUCAAUUUGAUGAAGAUUUAAUAGAGAAAUUUUAAAAAAGACGAGUAUCUUACACAGUGUUAGGCUCCUAUUAUCAUAUCCGUCCAUUCAAUUAUUCCAUUCAAACUAGUAAACAGAAAAGUAAAAAACGAGUCAAUAUUUUUUAUGUGUUUUUCUGUAUAACUGAAAAAUUAAAGAUUAGUGUUUGUUUUCAUAUUUUCAGCUCAAAACAGAAUAUAUAAUAAAGAAGGAAACGACAACAAACAACAAUAAUCCUUAAAAUGAAGGGAGGAAACACUCACCAGAAGUUAAUGUUUUGUUUUGUUUUGUAAUAUGUACAGUAGUGGUGGACAGUUUUUGCUGGAAGUGUUUACAGGAUUAUAAAUUCUUGAGAGCGUAACUUUUGUGAAACAAUCUGAAAAUAACUCCUCAGCUUUCAGUUUUGCCAUGUUGUUUACUGUACUUUUGUUUUCCUUCUGGACUGCUGUGUGCUCCCUCACUUUCAUUUCCUCACAAAAUAUGAAAAACCAUAAAGAAUUGUGUUGUUGUUUUUGUGUGUUUUAGAGCUCACCCAGAAAGCAUCCAAGGACGACUCUCGGGACUUCUUGUUCUACCUUGCGGUGGCAAACUACAGACUUAAAGUUAGUGUCAAACCAAACAGUAUUUACCUUUAACUGAGAGUGUUGUUAGCGCAUCAUUUAAAAUGCCCACUCGUAGUGAGUACUUAGUUUUUCCUCCUCUCUGUUCUUCUUCCAGGAAUAUGAGAAAGCUCUGAAGUACAUUCGCACUCUCCUGAAGAAUGAGCCGGGGAACAAGCAGGCUCUGGAUCUGGAGAAACUCAUCGACAAAGCUUUAAAGAAAGGUAACAACUCAUCUGUGACACAGAACCUGAUUUCCUCAGUUUUUAGUGUGUAAAAAUAUAACUAUGACAUCUACAUGUUGUCAUCUAGACGGCCUGGUUGGCAUGGCGAUUGUCGGGGGCAUUGGCGUCGGAGUGGUGGGAUUGGCGGGCCUCAUCGGCUUGGCUGUGUCAAAGGGAGGUGCUAAAUCCUAACCUGGAUGUUGGACUUCAUGUCCUUGUUUUGCUGGACUCACACACUGACCCUUCCCCUGCAUAGAAAUGAUUAAAGUUUACCGCAAAAGCUCCAAGAAUCCCUGAUGGAUUUUGGUUUGAGGUUGAAUAUAAAUAAUAUAUAUUAAAGGGUUUGAAAAAUAACCUGUUUUCAGACUUUAACAUGGUUUUGAUUCAUCCUGCCUACAACAAUGCUCAGCUGUCUAUUCAAACAUCAUGCAUGGCACUUUGUAUUAUUUGUGUACAUAAAUUAGAGUAGUAACGGUGCAGCUACAUUUAUGUUACUUCUUUGCACCUCAGCCUAAACUUCUCAUUUUCUUUUUUUAGAUUUUUUACAGCAACUCUCAGCGACAGUGCAGUUGUUUAUGUGUUACUGUGUUGAACUGCAGUGUUUAAGAAAGUGUUACAGCUGUUGUAGGAAGUGAAGCCAAAAUCAACACAGUGGUUUGAUUUCAGGUGAGGCAGCAGUGAUUCUUCUGCUGCUGUGGAGGCAUUGAAACGAUGUUUGCAGUGAUUUAAUCCUGAGGUUUCUGUCUUGUUUUGGAUAAUUCUUAAAAUGAAGGGAGGCAACACACUGAUGAGAAAAAUAAUAUUUUUGUUUUUGUAAAUUGCAUCAUAAAUUUACCUGCAGAUAAUGGGUUGUGUUCUUUUCCAUCUUGUUAAAUAAAAAAUGCUUUUGAACUAAAAAGAGA